GCGCGCGGCCGAGCGCCUCUGGAGGGGCGGGGGCGGUGCCGCGGAAGCGCGAGGGCUUCGGCGGCGGGAGAGGCAACCUCUGGACCGGCAGCGGCCCCCGGUGCGUGUCCCCCGCUAGCAUCCCACCGCCGCCAGCGGCCCCCCCCCGCGCCCCCGGGACGCCCUCAGGCCAGCCUCCCCCCCGCCCACCCCCGGUUUUCCUCCUCUUUGCCCGCUUGCGUGUGAGGUAAACUCGGCGCGUGGUGCCUACGCCGCCGUUGCGUUUCAGGUGAGGGAGGGGGAGAAGGAGAAAGAGCGGGGCGGCGCUCGCUCCCCCUCCCUCCUCAGCGCCUCUCCGGCGGCCGCGGGCGCCAGACCCCGCCGCUCCCUCGCGUCUCUCUCCCGGCGGAGCCGAGCAGAGCACCCCCUCCCCACCAUGGGGUGCACGCUGAGCGCCGAGGACAAGGCGGCGGUGGAGAGGAGCAAGAUGAUCGACAGGAACCUGCGGGAGGACGGCGAAAAAGCGGCCAGGGAGGUGAAGCUGCUCCUCCUGGGAGCUGGUGAAUCAGGGAAAAGCACAAUCGUCAAACAAAUGAAGAUUAUCCAUGAAGCUGGUUAUUCAGAAGAAGAAUGUAAACAGUACAAAGCUGUUGUCUACAGUAACACCAUUCAGUCCAUUAUUGCUAUCAUUAGAGCAAUGGGGAGGUUGAAGAUAGACUUUGGUGAUCCAACCAGGGCUGAUGAUGCUCGCCAACUUUUUGUGUUAGCUGGAGCAGCAGAAGAAGGAUUUAUGACUGCAGAGCUUGCAGGAGUUAUCAAAAGACUGUGGAAAGACAGUGGAGUUCAAGCUUGUUUCAACAGAUCCAGAGAAUACCAGCUUAAUGACUCUGCUGCCUAUUACUUGAAUGACUUGGACAGGAUAGCACAAACCAGCUACAUUCCAACCCAACAGGAUGUUCUCAGGACCAGAGUGAAAACUACAGGAAUAGUGGAAACUCACUUUACUUUCAAAGAUCUUCAUUUUAAAAUGUUUGAUGUUGGAGGCCAAAGAUCUGAGCGGAAGAAAUGGAUUCAUUGUUUUGAGGGUGUAACAGCAAUUAUUUUUUGUGUGGCAUUAAGUGAUUAUGACUUGGUCUUGGCUGAAGAUGAAGAAAUGAAUCGGAUGCAUGAAAGCAUGAAAUUGUUUGACAGUAUCUGCAACAAUAAAUGGUUCACAGACACUUCUAUUAUUCUUUUCCUGAACAAGAAAGAUCUUUUUGAAGAAAAAAUCAAAAGGAGUCCUCUCACUAUUUGCUACCCUGAAUAUGCAGGAUCAAACACUUAUGAAGAAGCAGCUGCUUAUAUUCAAUGUCAGUUUGAAGACCUGAACAAGAGAAAAGACACAAAGGAAAUAUACACUCACUUCACAUGUGCCACAGACACAAAAAAUGUGCAGUUUGUUUUCGAUGCUGUAACUGAUGUCAUUAUUAAAAAUAACCUUAAAGACUGUGGCCUCUUCUGAGAACAGAUGAAAGGUGGUUAAAUGGUAAAUUACAUGCCUGAAAACAGGAUUUAGGCAUUUGGAAUAUGCCCGUGCUGUGUAAAACCUGCAUAGAUAUACUUAACUCUCUUUUAUUUUAUUUCUAGGUUUGGAGAACGACUUCGGACAAUUCUAAUCUGAUUCUUUUCAAGGUGAAAGAAAUACAAAAUACAUUGUGCUGAACGAUAGAUCAGUACUGUACUUGCCUGUUUUAACAGCUUUAUUUAUGUUUGUCUUGUAAAUUUAAGUAAUUAGUUAACACUGAGAUGUCAGUUGAUUGUAUGUAAACUUAUAAUUGUAGUAAUGUAUUUGUAUAAACGUUGAACGGAAUAUUUUAGUAACUUGAUGUCCUCUAAAAUUUCCAUGUUUUAUUAAGAUACUCUUAGAGGAGACGGACACUUUUUGCCCUUGGAUUAUUUAAGCAUCUUGUAAAAUUAAAUUUUCUUUUCAUCUUAAGGGUGCAUGCUGCCUUAUUCUUUACUUUUGUUGGUAAUCCUGUGUAUGGCAUUAGCUUUUUUGAUAUUUCAACAGCCUCGUCUCCUGCUCAGAUUUAAAGAAAUGUAACCAAUAAAACUUGUUUUUGCCUUAA